CUCGCGUCACAAGGGCCUUGACUGCGAGCCUCAACAUCAAACUUAAAGCUCAUCUACGCACUAAUGGACGCAGCACUAAUACAUCCGCACAUCAAGAACUGCUUCAAACAUCAUGGCCGGCCCUUUUCGACCUGCAUCUCCUGCGGUUGAUCUAUCCCCGUAUUACCAGGAACUAAGUGACGACGACAUCACGGAAUCGUUUAGGAACUUCGAUGACGAGCGAAACUUCGAUCUUUUUGACAGGCAGACUCGAAAUCCAAACAGUAGCAACUUUUGUAUAGACUUCGGUGACGACGACGCUUUUUGUGCCUUUGACCUAGGCGCUGAUUCCUUUUCACGACUGCUCCAGACACCAAGGCCCCCGAAUCUGCAUACGAGAUGGAUCAAUCUGUGGCAGCCAUACAACCAGAAAGAUACGCUUCAUACGCUAGCGAAACACUAUGAUUUUAGUCCUAGAUUACUCGGGUUCAUGUGCUCUGACCCAGUACCUCCGAAGCCAAAAUCUUUGCAGUCGAAGAAGAGCUCGUCAACACUUCGAUCUCGGGGGUCUAACAAGUCACAAAAGUCGCAGGGUUCUUCAAAGCAGACCUCUUUGGAUUCUGAAGAGAGCAUCGGAAUGACGGAGAUGAUGCAGUCAACGCAGUUGGAGCUGGUUCGCGAUAUGAGCCACUAUCGUAUGGUCGACGAGGUUUGGCAUUGGUCAUCACUAGACUGGGGCAGGCGGUUUAUUUGCCUCGGAUACAACACUCUCCACAAUGUACGGACAAACACCCCAGUCGAGCACGAUGACGAGACCGACCAGAGCAGAGACGUGCCGUAUGCUAAACGGGUAUGGAAUUGGCUUCUAUUGUGCGCCGACAAAACCGUCAUCUCGAUCACAGAAGAUCCCUUUCCAUUUAGCGACGGCAACUUGCGGGCACAGGAAUUAAAGACCCUAUACACAGUUAGAAGAAAUUUAGUAAGCGUUUUUCGGCAAUUGACCAAGUCUCCCACGCCUUUACGAGAAAGUUCCCUGGUCAUGCUACCUAUUCGACAUCGAAUCGGAAACAGUGAAGAAGAAACUGCCCACAGACCUACAGACUCACCAGGCUUAUUAUUCUAUUAUCUUUUCGAGGAUUGGUUUACGACAUAUAGUCUUGUGGCUAGGCGCGAACACGGCUAUGCUGCUGAAUUGGAUCGACUGCGACGAGAGAUGCUUGUGAAAGCAAACCUCACCCACGUUGACCAGCUUCACCAUAUCGGGUGUCAGCUGAAAGUGCUCCAACGAGUCUAUCGAAGCUACGAACUCAUCAUUGAACGAGUCCUCAAAAAGCAGGAGGUGACUCUGGCAUCACUUAAGAACUCGCACAUCGUAUCUGGAUUCGAUUCUCUAGCAUCGUCUACUGCACAAGUUGCAUCCAUGCCGCAAAUACCCGAAGCAGAGAGUCUAUUGGGAGUGUCGCUCAGCUCCGCCGCUCGAGUUCGGUUCGAAAGGCUCAAGGAUCGCUUACUUCUGUACGCUUUGAGCGAGAUUCAGGAAUGUAUUGACCAGAAAGACUCUUUGGUCAUGAUGAAUUUCAACCUCAUUGCUAUCAAAGAAUCCUUCAGUGUUGAGCGUCUCACGCGUGUAACCCUCCUUCUCGCCAAAAUUACCGUCGUCUUUAUGCCCGUCACAUUAAUGACUGGCUACUUCUCAAUCCAGUUUUCUGGUGUGGAGUUCACAGUGAAGAGCUACUGGUGGGCGUUCGUGGGUAUACUGGGUUUAUCUCUAGUUCUAGUAUUUCUGUUUAGCUUCUUCAGCGGUACCAUGGAGGGUAAAAUCAUCUCCCGCCCGUGGAGCCGCAUGGCGUAUGACAUAUCCAAGAGAUGGUUGUUGCACCGGAAGAGAAAGGGAUGCUAAAAGAGGCCAACAUUGGGGUAGGGACCCCCGAGAAGCGUUAGAGCUCAGGCAGCUCUGCAUGCUCAAACGCAUCGCUGUCCUCUUGUAUUUUACUG